AUGUCAGAUUCAUUUAAAGUAGUGAAUUAUGAAAGAGAAUCUAAGCAAUCGUUUUAAGACUUUUUACAAAUGCAUCUAAAUGAAACACCAGAUCCGCACUUAACAUCUCCAACUCAGGAAAAUAAUUACAAUUCUACAAAAUAAGUAGGGGCAAGGAAAACCAUUAAGAGAGAGGAAUCCGAACCCAGUUUUAGACUUAUGGAUUAACCGAUCGAUAAUAAUGAAAAAAACCUAACCUCCAUGCAAUCAAAAAUAUAAUUACUCAUUACAGAAAAUUCAAAGUUAAUUGAAAUAAACUCCGGCUUGAUGAGAGAAAUAGAAAUUAUGAAACAAAACAAUUAUUCAAAUCGGACAUUAUUAGUGUAAGAGUCUCAAUAAAAAUUAAUGAAUUACUAAUAAAAAGUAGUUCAACUCACUCAAGCAAAUGAAUAAUUAAGUAGUAGAUUGAUUGAUGAGAAAUAGAAUUCAGAUUCUAAUAGGUUUUAUUUGGAAAACAAAAAUCUAAAUGAAAUGCUCUAAACAAGAUUAAAUGACUUAGACAUAUUGAAUAAUUAACUGUUAGAAAAAAAUGAUCAAAUAGCCUUAAGAAACGAAGAAAUUAAGGCAGUUAAUGAAAAGUGUAUGGUAUUGGAACAAUAAAAAUAAGUCUUAAUAGCAUAGUAAUAAUAGUAUAUCGAUUCAAUAAAGGAAUAUUAAUUAAAAGAAUAACAAUUUAUGCAAUAACUCUAUUAGGAACAGGCCUCUUAUUAAUCUUGUAUAGCUAAUCUAGAACAAAAUUAUAACCUUCAGAUUAGUGAAUUAAGAAACUCAUUUUUGAAAGAAAUUGAAUCAUAAUAAGAAACAAUUGCAUAAUAAUACUAACAUUAUUUUAAUUAGCAGAUUAUUGCAUUUCAACAAUAGGUCAAAGUGAUCUAAUAGGAGAACACGUAAAUGAAAGAUGAAUUAACUGAAAGAUCUAAAAUAUGGUCUCAGGAAAAGGAAAGACUUGAAAAUUUCAUCAAAAACCUACAAUAAUAAAAGCAAAGUUCUUAGGAACCUAUUAUUCAAUAAUAAGUCAAUCUUAAUCAAGUACAAUAAAAUCAAAAAGCAUCAUAAGUACUUUCUUAGCAACCAUAAAUCUAAAAUUAAUAAUAACUAUCUUAAAUUUAAAAUUAGUAAUAACUAACUUAAGAAUAGAUAAUUUAGUAAUAAUAAGAAUUACAAAAAUAAUAAUACUAUUAAGAGAUAUUAUAAAUUUAAUAAUAAUAAUCCUAAUUUCAAUAAUAAUAAUAAUAGUAAAAAGCCUUACAAUAAUAGACUUAAUAAUAAUGCAAUUAAACGCAUCAUCAAUCUAGCAACUAUACUUUUAGAUAGAAUACUUAAGAAGAAUCAAGAGAAGUUAGUCCUGAUAAAGAUGAUGUUUUUCUAAAUUUUGAUUAAAAAGUUAGAGUACAUACAGAGAGUUAUGGAGAUAGAUACGAAAAAACCAUACCUAUAAGAACUCCUUUGCAUGCCAAGAAUUACAGAGUACCCUAAUUACACACACUCACAAGAUAUGAUCAGAAGCAAUACAACGUUGCUGUAAACCAGCCCUAUUACUAUUAAAAUUCUCAAUCAAAAUUUAUGAUUAACAGAGAUCCUCAAUAUUAGAGAUCGCAUUCUCAAUAUUAAGAAAGAGAGGAUAAACCUAAGAAUUAGCAAUAAUAUUAAAAUCAAAAUGAAAGCUAUUUGAUUCCAAAAAGAUAUUGA